AUGUUGAGGAUUCCAUUUGGAAACAGCCCCCCCACCAUUAGCGUCAUUUACCAAUCCGGAGUCAUCGUUGGCGAUGAUGUCCUCAAGCUUUUCAACUACGCUCAAGAGCACAACUUUGCCAUUCCAGCCAUUAACGUUACCUCUUCCUCAACCGUCGUAGCAUCCCUCGAAGCUGCUCGCGAUGCCAAGUCCCCAAUUAUCCUCCAAAUGUCCCAAGGAGGUGCCGCCUACUUCGCCGGAAAGGGUGUUGCCAACGGUAACCAAGAGGCCUCCAUCGCUGGUGGUCUCGCCGGUGCUCACUACAUCCGUGCUCUUGCACCAGCAUACGGUAUCCCAUUUGUCCUCCACACUGAUCACUGCGCCAAGAAGCUCUUGCCAUGGUUGGAUGGUCUUCUCGACGCCGAUGAGAAAUACUUCAAGGAGCACGGCGAGCCUUUGUUCUCCUCCCACAUGAUCGAUUUGAGCGAGGAGGAAGUUGACUACAACAUCAAGACCACUGCCGAAUACUUGAAGAGAGCUGCACCAAUGAAGCAAUGGCUCGAGAUGGAGAUCGGUAUUACCGGUGGUGAAGAGGACGGUGUCGACAACGAGGAUGUUGACAACAACUCCCUUUACACUCAACCAGAGGAUAUCCUUGCCAUCUACCAAGCUCUUUCCCCAAUCUCCCCAUACUUCUCGAUCGCCGCUGGUUUCGGUAACGUUCACGGUGUUUACAAGCCAGGUAACGUCAAGCUCCGCCCAGAGCUCCUCGGCAAGCACCAAGCCCAUGUCAAGCAAGCUAUUGGAGCUAAGGAAGACAAGCCAGUCUUCUUGGUCUUCCACGGUGGAUCUGGAUCUUCCAAGCAAGAGUUCUUGGAUGCCAUCUCAUACGGUGUUGUCAAGGUCAACCUUGAUACCGAUAUGCAAUUCGCUUACCUCACUGGUAUCCGUGAUUACGUCCUUAAGAACAAGGACUACCUCAUGACCCCAGUUGGUAACCCAGACGGACCAGACAAGCCAAACAGAAGAAGUUCGAUCCCCGUGUCUGGGUUCGUGAGGGAGAAAAAAACCAUGUCCCAACGUCUUGCCGAGGGUCUCAAGGAUUUCAACACUGCAGGACAGCUAUAA